AGUACUAUAAGAUCUAUGGCGAUGGCCCUAACUUCAGACGCGCAAGCGUACAAUGUGACACGCGGACGUAACAACGACGAUGCGACAUUUGUAGCUUGAAGCAAAUUUAUUAAUUUUCAAAGAUGUCCGAGUUGAUAAAAUUCACAAAAUUAAGAACUGCGACAGACUCAACAUUCUGGGCAAAAUUUGCAGAAUUAAAAAUAGAUAAGCUAAAACUAGAUGAAAAAUCCAAGAUUCACUUAUGGGGGAGUUAUUCCCUUCAGCCAAUGAAUGAGGAAAGAAUUAAUCCAUUACUACUUGAUUGUACAUCAUUUAAUGAAAAUUUGGAGACAACUUCUCAUAAUGCUGGAAUAGCUCGUUAUGGUUAUAUGAUAAAUACUAAUACCUAUGAGACAUUUAGACAAAUAAAUCCUGAAAAUUUUAUUGACACCAUGGGUGAAUGUGUUAUCGAUAGCAUCAAAGAUGGCAUGGCUUUGCAGGAGCCAUGGCGGCUCUCGAUGUUUGUAGUAUUUGCAUACUCUGAUCUUAAGAAAUAUAAAUUUUAUUGGGCUGCACAUCCAGCUCCUUUUUCGCUACCAGAGACUCAUUUGAUCAUGCCAACAAAAUUUGCAUCUGGUGAAUUUACAGCCAAUCAAAUAGACAAAUUACAUGCAGAUUUUCUUCAGCUAGAUGCAAAGUCAAAAAAUUUUUUUACAGUUUUUACAUCGGGUAAUGAUUUGAACAUCGAUAAUUUAGCGAAAGGAAUAGAAUAUACAAAAGCAAGCAUUAACAACAAGGGAGAUUCGGAACAGGUGAAAAAUGGGCUAUACUUUGCAUUUUAUGACCCUUGCACGAGUGCAGAACCUGGAUGGCCUUUACGAAAUCUCCUGUGUUUAUUAUUAUGGCAUUGCCCUAUGUACUGUUUUACACAUAACAUCAAAUUUUUAUCAAUAAGGAAUGAUAAGAUGCAAGCUGCAAUUGUAUUUACAGUUAGAAUCAAAGAAGAUAAAAAUGUAGAAAUUAUAAGAAAAACCAUUUCUGAAGGACAUUUAGUAGGUUGGGAAACUAACACGAAUGGGAAAAUGGGUCCUAAUAUUGCGGAUUUAUCUAGCAUUAUGGAUCCUACUAAACUGUCAGACAGAGCGAUCAAUUUAAAUCUAAAGUUGAUGAAAUGGCGCCUUGUGCCUAAUCUAGAUUUGGAUAAGAUCAAGGAUUUACGAUGCCUUUUGUUGGGCGCCGGUACAUUAGGAUGUGCUGUGGCUAGGAUACUCCUCGGUUGGGACAUCACCAAUAUAACACUCGUGGAUAAUUCUACUGUUUCUCACAGCAACACAGUACGUCAGAGUCUAUAUACGCAUGAAGACGCGGUGCAACGUCGGCAUAAAGUACACGCUGCAAAAGAUGCUUUACUUAGAAUACGUCCUAAUAUGAAUGUGGAAGGUGUGGUCUUGCAUAUUCCUAUGCCCGGUCAUGUAAUCGGUCAAAGUAUGAUGGAGACGACGAGGGAAGCUGUUAGCAAAUUGCAAGAACUCGUAAAUAAUCACGAUGUGAUAUUUCUGCUUCUGGAUUCGCGUGAAGCUAGAUGGCUGCCGACUCUUCUAUGUGCCGCAUCGAAGAAAAUCGCUAUCAAUGCUGCUUUAGGUUUCGAUUCGUACACGGUACAACGACAUGGCAAGCGUUCUCUUUCUAAUCCUGGCUUGCCUAAUAUAAAGACACAAAAUCCUACAGGACAGGAUCUUGGAUGUUAUUUUUGUAAUGAUAUAACACAACCUGGAAAUUCACAAAUGGAUAGAACGCUCGAUCAACAAUGUACUGUAAGUCGACCGGGUUUGUCGCAAAUCGCCGCGGGUUUGGCAGUUGAAUUACUCAUGGCAGUAAUCCAACAUCCCCAAGGAAUUUCAGCUAGAGCGUUUAUGAAUAACGAGAAUGAUGAUUAUCAAGAGAAUACUGACAAUCCACUAAUAGGAUUAUUGGGUGGUGUUCCUCAUACAAUACGGGGUUCGCUAUGGGGUCACGAAGAGAACCUGACUAUCACACAUAGAUCCCCAUUCUGUACCGCUUGUUCGACACCUUUGAUCAAAGAGUAUCAACAACGUGAUUUCGCUUUCAUACUCGACGCUUGCAAUAUACCAAAUUAUCUUGAAAAAUUGUCAGGACUCGAGGAAAUACUGAAAAGACCAGAUUUGGAUGAGUUAUGUUAUAUAAUGGAUACUUCGAGUGAGGAGAGUAAUUAUGAAGAAGCAACGACUUAAGUAUAUGCAGGAAAA